AUGGCCUUCAAUCUUCAGGAAGGCCUCCUAGAAAUGGCGGAUCUGUGCGGUUUUACAGUCACCUUCAUGUCCCAUCUUUCAGACAGUGAAGUAGGGGGAACCAAACAUUUCAAUUUUUCUCUCUGGACUAAGUCGGGAGAAAACGUAUUCUACGAUGCUGAUGCUGCAGACAAAUUGUCUGUUAUUGCCAAACAGUUUAUUGUUGGUGCCCUGAAGAAUAGUAAAGCUCUCUGCGCAUUCACAAACCCUACCGCCAACUGUUAUAGGAACAUUGGCAAGUUUCUUUUUUGUUCGUCAGUCAACUGGGGAAGAGAAGAUCGAACUGCUUGUAUCUGCGCCAAGAACAACGGUCCUUUAAAAACAUACAUUGAAAACAGACUUCCAAGCUCAAAGAGCAACGUAUAUCUCGUGGCUGCAUCUACUAUUGCUGCUGGACUGGAUGGGGUCAUCAAGAAGAUGGAGUGCCCACCCCCAGGGAAAACAGAACACAGUGAAUUACUUCCCUUUUCUCUGAGUGAAGCUCUGGAUGAACUGCAAAAAGAUGAGGAAUUGUGUGAUGCUUUAGGGAAAGAACUGAUGACAUGGUUUGUCCAGAGCAAGAGAGAUGGGGAAAUUGCCAAGUAUGAGGGUGUUGAGAUUGACGAGGAACGAUUUUCCGUUGAGAAAAAAAAAUAUCUGUAA